AUGCAGAAAAAAGCUUGCGAUCAAUGUUACAAUAGAAAGAAAAGAUGUUUGAUACACCCGGCUUCCUCCAUAUGCGUCCGAUGUGAGAAAUCAUCUCUUGCCUGCACCGUCUCCCGGCAGCAACUACGUGGAGGGCGCCCGCCGAAACGAGGGCUUCCUGGGGUAGCGAAAGAGUCGCUCGCCGUAUGGGACUAUGCCCUAUCGGAGGGUAGCCCACAGGAGGAAGCUCGGGAGGAACUCCAGCUCGUAAUCAAGUCGAGCUCAGCCAAGGAGCCAGGCGAGCGGUCUCCGGGCUCCACUGAGUCGGGCUUCCCUCAGCACCUAGAGGUUGUGGACUUCUAUCUUCUACAUGAUGUCUAUAUGUUUGGAUUCACGUUUGCAGAGGACUUCCAACGAGCUCUGGAAUACUGCCACCGUCAUUCCCCGGACCUGUUGGAUGAAAUCUUCACUGCUAUCACUAGUGUUCUCUCGUGGGCCCGUUUUGGCUUGCUCACCGCCGAUCAAGUUGAUACUCAUGACGCACUCGCUGUUCUCAUGUUGGGGCAGGCAUUAGCUGCGUUUGAUUCCCUGGUCACAUCCACAGGCGCAAUCUCAAUUCUCCGAUGCUCUUUGUCCCUUGUGCACCCAUGGUAUCCCGAUAUUGCUGGCAACCGAUUUCUAGAAACCAUCGCGAUCGCACCCAUCUUGUGGGACACCGUAUGGUGCUUGCUGCAUCGUCAGGUCCCGGUGAUCCGACCGCUGUUCAACCGUGCCGGAAUCAUUGACCGAGUGGCAGGUCUCUGUACAUCGCUUCUGCCGAUACUGUAUGAUCUGUGUGUCGUUAGCAAGCGCCUGACAAACGAAUCUGCCCAAGAAACGACGCUUGAAGAGGUUGAACACCAGAUCCAGAGCUGGUCCCCCGAUAACACUGGUCUCUGUUUGGACGCGUACAGUGACCUGGAGAUCUUAUCAAUGCGCACACAGGCAAUGAUGUAUCGAACCGCUGGUCUCCUUCUCAUCCAUCGACUCCGGCAUUCACUGACCGUUGAGGAUGCGGCUGCAACUGCCCUUGCCAGUGAUAUUCUUGAAGCUAGAAGUCGAUUCUUUGCGGAUGCUGGAACCAGUGCUAAGUUGCAAAAUACCUCUUUUCCACUGUUCCUUGCCCUUUUAGAAAUUCCUAUCUCGCUAGAAGGCUUCUGGGAGAGCUCGACGUGGCUGCGUACUCGACCAGCCUGUGUGGAUCGUUUGUUUGUCUUGAACCGUUACUACUGGGCUCAACGGCACUCAGGAUUCAAUGGUUCACUCUUUGAGCUGAUAGAAAGCGGACCUGAAUUUGUUCCAAUUCCAUGA